AUGGCCAUGCCCAGUUCCCUUUUGUGGGCUGUUGACAUUUUUGGGAGGGUUUACACUCUGUCUACGGUUGGCCAGUACUGGGACCUCUGUAAGGACACACAGCUGGAAUUCAAACGGGUCUCUGCUGUCAAACAGUGCUGCUGGGGACUAGCCUGUGAUCACCAAGUAUACACCUACGUGUUCUCGGGUGACGUUCCCAUUAGAUACCAGGAAGAAACAUAUGAGAACCAGCGCUGGAAUCCAGUCGGUGGCUUUUGUGAGAAAUUACUGCCCAGUGACCGCUGGCAGUGGAGUGAUGUGAGCGGGCUAAAACAUCAGCAGCUUGAUAGUUUCACACUGCCUUCACCACACUGGGAGUGGGAGUCUGACUGGUAUGUGGAUGAAAAUAUUGGAGGGGAACCAACAGAGAAAGGGGGCUGGACUUACGCCAUAGACUUCCCCAGCACCUACACAAAGGAUAAGAAAUGGAAUUCUUGUGUCAGACGCAGGAGGUGGAUCAGAUACAGGAGAUACAAAUCACGGGACGUUUGGGCAAAGAUCGUAUCACAUGAUGACUCGGAUCGGUUGCCAGACCCUUUCAAUGACAUCUCCGUUGGAGGAUGGGAAAUCAGUGAUGAGCCUCUUGGCCGUUUAUCAGUAUGGGCAGUUUCUUUACAAGGAAGGGUAUGGUACAGAGAAAACGUCUGCCAUCACAAUCCAGAAGGUUCCAUGUGGUCCUCAAUCCCCACUCCUGGUGAAGUUGUACAGAUCAGCUGUGGACCGUAUGACCUCCUUUGGGCAACUCUUUGGGAAGGGCAAGCUAUUGUGAGAGAAGGAAUUGAUAGGAAUAACCCUCAAGGAAUUUCCUGGAGUAUUGUGGAGUCUCCAAGCUCUGAAAAUGGGAUUAUGCACGUCUCUGUGGGUGUUGACGUGGUGUGGUGUGUUACAAAGGAUAGAAAAGUGUGGUUUAGAAGAGGAGUGAACUCAUAUAAUCCUUGUGGGACGAGCUGGAUUGAAAUGGUUGGAGAAAUGAUGAUGGUCACUGUAGGCUUAAAUAACCAGGUGUGGGCAAUCGGCUGCGAUGACAGAGCAAUUUAUUUUCGUCAAGGUGUCACACCAAGUGAGCUCAGUGGGAAGACAUGGAAGGCAAUUGUAUCUGGCCGGGAGAGUGACAGAUCUCAGACCGGGAGCUCAACAAGUCUGCUCAGUGCUGGCUGUUUCUUUACUGAUGAUAUUCAGAACCAAACGAACGCGAUCAUUCAGGGUGAUGCAGAUACUUCCUCUGAUACAGAGCUUCCAAGUGUACCCAUGAACCUUGCCAACACGCCUCCGGUGGGAGCUACAGCCAACAGCCCUGGUAACGGCACAGGCAGCCAGACAGCAGAACUGCGUGCAAAUUUGGCUCUGGACUCUGACCAAGGAGAAGCCACUGUUCCUUCAAAUAAUAAUGAGAAAGCAAAUCUUGAAAUGCAUAGAUCAAAAUCGCCAAAUCCCUCUGCAGAACUGCAGUGGACAAACAUUGACUUGAAGGAGGCCCAAAAGCAUCCAGUCCUCUCUGUCAGCACCUUUGCAGAAACAUCCAGCCUGUCUUCCCUUGGCAUGUUCUCGGCGGGAGCUGAAGAACAGUACGGAGCCGAUGAGCACCCGCUCUGGGCCUGGGUGUCCGGGGGAGGCUGUCUGGUAGAUCUACACAGCCCAUUGAAAUGGUUCACUGUUCCAUCAGAUUUGUCAUCCUCUGUGCAAUCUCUCUCUCUGUCUAUCACACCAGCGCAGACAGCAGCGUGGCGAAAGCAGAUUUUUCAGCAGCUCAGUGAGAGAACAAAGCGAGAGCUGGAGAAUUUUAGGCACUACGAACAGGCUAUUGAGCAGUCGGUUUGGGUUAAAACUGGAACCUUGCAAUGGUGGAGGAAUUGGAAGCCUCAUAAAUGGAUGGAUGUUCGAGUGGCACUUGAGCAGUUCACUGGGAGUGAUGGAAUGCGCGACAGCAUCCUGUUCAUCUAUUAUAUGUAUCACGAAGAGAAAAAGUACAUCCAUGUGUUCCUGAAUGAAGUCACUAUUAUAGUUGAAGUGCUGAAUGAAGCCAAACAUUCCUUUGCACUGUAUACACCUGAAAGGACAAAACAACGAUGGCCAAUUUGCCUGGCAGCCUCAACAGAGCAAGAAAUGCAUGACUGGCUGUCUUUGUUGAACAUGUCCUGUUGCGAAAGCAGACGGAUUCAAGGCCCUCCUUCUCACCACGCCAUUUGGUCAGUUACUUGUAAAGGAGACAUCUUUGUUAGUGAGCCCAGUCCUGAGCUGGAAGCUGGACCACACCUGAUGCCGUGUGAUCAAAUGUUUUGGCGUCAAGUUGGAGGUCAUCUUCGACUGAUAGAGUGCAAUAAUCGAGGCAUAGUGUGGGGUAUAGGAUAUGAUCACACAGCUUGGGUUUAUACUGGUGGAUAUGGAGGUGGCUUCAUUCAAGGACUGGCCAGUAGUGCUGAUAACAUUUACACACAGUCAGAUGUGAAAUGUGUUUACAUCUAUGAGAACCAACGGUGGAACCCAGUCACUGGAUACAGCAGCAGAGGUCUGCCAACAGACAGAUACAUGUGGAGCGAUGCCUCUGGCCUGCAGGAAUGUACGAAAGUCAAUACCAAGCCUCCUUCUCCACAGUGGUCUUGGGUGUCCGACUGGUAUAUUGAUUUUAAUACUUCAGGCGGAACUGAUCGGGAGGGCUGGCAGUAUGCAGCAGACUUUCCAGCGUCCUACCAUGGUCACAAGACAAUGAAAGACUUUGUCCGACGGAGGCGCUGGGCAAGAAAAUGUAAGAUAGUCACCAACGGGCCAUGGCUGGAAGUGCCUCCUGUUACCCUGUGGGACAUCUCCAUAAUUCCCAGUUCAGAUGCAGAUGAUGAAGAAGUAGUAGCACUGUGGGCAAUCAGUGACAAAGGAGACGUGCUCUGCAGGCUUGGAGUGACACAGCAAAAUCCAGCUGGAACAUCCUGGCUGCAUGUGGGAACAGAUCAGCCCUUCAUUUCCAUCUCAGUUGGAGCAUUUUACCAAGUGUGGGCUAUUGCUAGAGAUGGUUCUGCCUUCUAUCGGGGUUCAGUGUCUCAAAAAAAACCUGCAGGUGACUGUUGGUACCAUAUUCCUUCACCUCAAAAACAAAAGCUAAAACAAGUCUCAGUAGGACGAACAUCUGUGUUUGUGUUGGAUAAAAAUGGCAAUCUUUGGUACCGGCAAGGUAUCACACCAAGCUAUCCUCAAGGAUCCACCUGGGAUCAUGUAUCAAAUAAUAUCCGUAAAAUGUCUGUAGGGCCCCUGGACCAGGUCUGGGUGAUAGCUGACAAAGUGCAAGGAAGUCAUAGUUUGAGCUGUGGGACUGUCUGCCAUCGGACUGGUGUUCAGCCAAUGGAACCUAAAGGCCUCUCAUGGGAUUAUGGAAUUGGGGGUGGAUGGGAGCACGUUACAGUCAGAGGAAAUGCAACUGAAGCAUCUAGGGUUUCUGUGCAUGAGAGUUCUGAGGAAAACCCUGCAGUAUCAAAAGAUUUAGAAGAUGAGGAGAGCAAAGGGAAAACAGAACAGUCUAAAACCCCUCUGAUGGUCAACGACAGUCAAGAAUCGGACAGAAAUGCUAUUAAUUGCUAA